AUAUAUAUACAAGUAAUGAUCCAAGAUAUUAGGAUAUCUACGCAUUCUUAUAAUUGAAUAAGCGUGUUUGUGCAAUAAAAAUUGUUACGAGUUUCACACUCGUACUUCUUAGGAUAGAGAGUUUGAUUCGGCGAUUUACGGGAAGAAAAGUUUGACAGAAAUUAAGCUAGUGAAACGAGUGAUAUGCAAGAAUGUUUUUGAAAUAGGAGUGUGAUCUUAUAGAUCUUUAAAAUUCGUCUCAGAAUGCAACAAACGAGUUGAUUACGCGCAACUAAGUAACAUAACAGUAACGUAACCGCUUUCCAAAUGUGAGUAGCCAUUUUGACAGUGAUGAACGUUCGGAACAGACUCGUACUAGCUUUUCUCGAAUUUGAAGAUAGAUUGAUAUAAUUAAGUGGACUAUUAGAUGUAGAAACUUGCCGAAGUAGUUGAUUAAGGAGAAAAUGUGGGAGUCAAUUUGAAUCUAGAGAUAACAUUAAGGGAAACGUUCGUUGAGAAAAAAAUGGAAUUACCAAUUUUUCGUACAAAGGCAGUGCGCCUCGGUCGAUUUCUACUUCUACAUUCGUGCUACUGAUUUCUACUUCCACGUCACCCGCGCCAAGCUGCUGCACGAUUCAACAGCGUAUUACCACCUUGUGCUUUUCAAAUUACCUGUUACUACGAUCGUUUGCUUCUUUCUCCCUUCUUUUGGCUUUUCUUUUUAGCGACCUUGAAGCCUUGCUCAGAUUUGUCAAGUCACUUGAAUUUUCUACGAAUCUAAAGUAAUUCGAAAUUCUUCAUCGGCAUAAAAUUUCAUUUAUUUGGUUCUCUUGAAAUAUUUUCUCAAGUUUCUACGUUUAUACUCAUUAAUCGAGUCAUUUGACUGUUAUGUUACUUGAUCUGACAUGAAACAUGCUUCCAAGUUUCAAAUGAAGUUGAGGUUCUUUCCUUCAUCUGCUAUUUACAGUUUCGUACUUGCUGAUGAAUUGGUUCCCCCAAACCUCUACUUUUUCUGUAUUUUAUAUUCUGUCAUAUUUUCUAUAUACAAUAUUUCUAUUAUGUUUAUAAUUAUAAUUAUAAUUUUACAUACAUACAGUGGCUCACGAAUGUACUUCAACGCCUGUCGCAGAGAAUUUCUAUAAAUAUAUCAUGUACGCGUUAUACGAAAUGGUACACGAUCGUUAUGAUUAUAUCGAUAAACAGCUCGAUUAAUCUGAACAAGGCAUAACGCAAAAUUUCUUGAAUUUGUGUCUAACGAACGUCAAACUAAUCGAUUGUUUUAAUGUUGUGUAUACCGGAUUAAUAUUUGUUUGUUUUAUUCGGUAUGUGAAUGAAAGUAAUUUGCGACGGAUAUAGUUAUUUAAAGUAAAUUUUAUCUAUCUUGUGCGAGCUAAAGAGUUCCCAGUUGGUAUAUAUAUAUAUACACACAAUAGUUCUAACAAACGAGUAAAAAAGAGAGAUAACUUUUUAUAUGAUAAUUCUCACUUAAUUGAUGCGACAUCGACUGAAAACCAUAUGCAGAGAUAUAUCGUUGUAACAUAGAGUCUUUACAAUUAAUUGCUCAAUACUAGAUAUAAUUGAAUUCAAUAUCGAGCAUUAAUAUAGAUUGUAAGACUAAUGUUAUGAUCAUUUACAUGUUCGUAAAAACUUUAUCAAAGUAGUCAUCUGUCAACUGCGCGUAACCGCGUAGUGCAGGAGCAAAAUAGUGAUAUUAUUACGCUGAUAAGAAUGUGGCUUUUUAUUAUGUCCGUUUUCGUCUUUGUUUAAAUUCCUUUUCGUGUCUUUCUCGAAGGAUAUAAAAUAGGACAGGAGCAGCAAUAAAGCAGCAAUUUUGUUGACGCAAGUGCGAACCUUCGUGUUAGGUGCCAGGAUAUAUCGUCAUUUAAAUAUAUAAUAAAGCGUUACGUUCGAAUCUGCAAAUGGCUGAAUUGAUGAAAAAGAGAAAAGUAUGUGUAAUAGGAGCUGGCGCAGCUGGCCUCUGCGCAGCCAGACACUUUGCGCGAAGUUUGAAUUUCGAAUUGAAUGUUUUCGAGCAAACAAAUGAUGUCGGCGGUACAUGGGUUUACAAAGAAGCAACUGAAGUCGACGAAAAUGGUUUGCCCGUUCAUUCGAGCAUGUAUCGAGACUUAAGAACUAAUUUACCGGCGAAAAUUAUGAAUUUCCCUGAUUACCAGAGAUUGAACGCUGAAGAACCAUGUUGUGUGACACAUCAGGAAGUUCGGACUUAUUUACAGAAUUACGCGGAAUAUUUUGAUUUACUUAAACAUAUUCAGUUUGGAACACGAGUAGAAUCCGUUCGAUUGCAAAUUUCAGCAGAAGGCAAAGAGGAAUGGGCUGUACGAACAAAAGUUGUAAAAACGAAAGAAGAGAAAGAAAGUAUCUUUAACGUUAUAAUGAUUUGCAAUGGACAUUACUUCGAUCCUUACAUACCAAUGAUACCAGGAAUCGAAAAAUUUCCGGGCACGGUACUACACAGUCAUUCAUAUCGAAAGUCAGAAGAUUUUUCUGGUAAAAGCGUUUUAAUCUUGGGAGCAGCUGCUUCCGGAGUCGACAUCGCUCUUGAUUUGGCUAAUCACGCAUUUCGAAUAUAUUUAAGCCAUAAUAAUGAAAGAUUAAAUAGCCCCUUACCACCAAACGUAAUCGAGGUGUUAGGUGUGGAAAAGAUAGAGGAGGGGAAUAUUUUUUUAAAAGAUCAAAAUUCCAUUACAGUGGACGUAUUUAUGUUUUGUACGGGGUAUCGGUACAGUUUUCCAUUUCUAGACGAAAACUGUGGAAUACGAGUAGAUAGUAACUUUGUGACUCCUUUAUACAAACAUUUAAUUAAUAUUGACCAUCCUACAAUGUGUAUUGUUGGAGUGCCUACUGUCGUUGUUCCAUUUCCUAUGUUUCACAUGCAAAUACAAUAUUUCCUUGCAUUAUUAGAGAAAAGAGCAAGCUUACCAACAAGAUCAAUUAUGCUGGAAGAGUCGAAGUUAAAAACCUCGAAGAAAAGACAUGCACACAAAUUAAGUGACAAACAAUGGGAUUACAACAAUGCGUUAGCUGAUGCUGGAGGUUUCGACCGUUUGCCAAAAUUCUAUAAACUUGGAUACGAAACGUGGUCAGUGCAAAGGAAAGCGAAUCUUUUGAACUAUAAGAGGGCUAGAUUUGUAUUAUCCAAAGAUCAAGAAACUGUUGAGUUAGUCAUACCGAAAGAAAGUGUAUAAUACUGUUAAAUAUAAUAAUACAGCUUUAUAAGUUUUUCAUAAUAUUGAAUUUAAUAAUGAUACUGAUAUUGUACAAAGCCGAUGAUGAAUGACUUGAUCGAUUUAGAAUUUCUGAUUCCACUGUCGGUUUCGAAACCGUGAAGCAAAUUUAGUAAAAUUAUUGUGCAAUUUAUAAUGA